UAUAUGGUUCCCAAAACUGACACAAACAAACAACUAAUUAAGGUUGCUACUAAGACAGCAAAAGGGAAGAUCAUGUGUGGAGUGAAAAUGGAAAGCAAUUAAUACUAACAGUAGCAUCAUAAUGGUCACUACUACUGGAUAUUGAUUCAGCAUUGUUCUCUUUCUCAUUCUUCAUUUCAAAAUUUAGAAGUCGUUCAAUUGAAUCAGCUAGUUAGACUCUUGAGUAGGUUGAUUGAAGAGACAUGAACAUUACUUCAAUUUCAAUCCUAUUACUACUUGUAUUGUUUGUUUUGUUUUUAGGUUGUAACUGCAGCAAUGUUAGUUACGAUAGAAAGUCUCUUCUCAUCAAUGGCCACAGAAGAAUCCUAAUUUCUGGUUCAAUUCACUAUCCCAGAAGCACCCCUCAAAUGUGGGAAGAUCUAAUUUGGAAGGCUAAACACGGUGGUCUUGAUGUUAUAGACACAUAUGUUUUUUGGGAUGUUCAUGAACCAUCUCCUGGAAAUUACAAUUUUGAAGGAAGGUAUGAUCUAGUAAGGUUCAUUAAGACAGUGCAAAAGGUGGGACUUUAUGCCAAUCUUCGCAUUGGUCCUUAUGUAUGCGCUGAGUGGAAUUUUGGGGGAAUUCCUGUUUGGUUGAAGUAUGUUCCUGGAAUAAGUUUCAGAACAGAUAAUGGGCCUUUCAAGGCGGCAAUGCAAGGUUUUACCCAGAAGAUUGUCCAAAUGAUGAAGAGUGAGAAGUUGUUUCAAUCUCAGGGCGGUCCAAUCAUUCUUUCUCAGAUUGAGAACGAAUACGGACCUGAGAGGAGGGCAAUGGGAGCUGCUGGUCAUGCAUACCUAAAUUGGGCUGCAAAUAUGGCUGUUGGAUUAGGAACAGGAGUCCCUUGGGUGAUGUGCAAGGAAAAUGAUGCCCCUGAUCCUGUGAUUAAUUCAUGUAAUGGUUUUUACUGCGACAAUUUCUCUCCAAAUAAACCGUUUAAGCCUAGCUUGUGGACUGAGUCUUGGAGUGGCUGGUUUACAGAUUUUGGUGGUCCAAUUCCUCAGCGUCCAGUUCAGGAUCUAGCAUUUGCAGUAGCUCGUUUCGUUCAGAAGGGUGGCUCAUAUGUGAAUUACUACAUGUACCAUGGAGGAACUAAUUUUGGAAGAUCAGCUGGGGGUCCAUUUAUUACAACAAGCUAUGACUAUGAUGCUCCAAUUGAUGAAUAUGGUUUGAUCAGGCAACCAAAAUAUAACCAUUUGAAGGAUCUUCAUAAAGCUAUAAAGCGUUGUGAGCAUGCUUUGGUUUCUUCAGAUCCGACUGUUACAUCAUUAGGAACACUUCAGCAGGCUCACGUAUUCUCUGCAGGGACUGCAGAAUGUGCGGCUUUUCUAGCAAACUAUCAUGAACAAUCUGCUGCUACUGUGAUUUUCAAUAACAGGCACUAUGAAUUGCCUCCGUGGUCUAUAAGUAUCCUUCCUGAUUGCAGAACUUCCGUAUUUAAUACUGCAAAAGUGAGAUCGCAAACUUCAGUGGUAAAAAUGCUUACUGUCAAUCCUAGGUUCUCAUGGGAGACCUAUGAUGAAGAUCUAUCUUCUCUAGAUGAAAGUUCAAGAAUUACAGCUGCUAGACUCUUAGAACACUUGAAUGUUACCCGAGACACUAGUGACUAUCUAUGGUACAUAACCAGUGUUGACAUAAGUUCAUCAGAGUCAUUUCUUCGAGGAGGACACAAACCAAGCAUUAACGUGCAGUCUGCAGGACAUGCUGUCCAUGUAUUUGUUAAUGGAAAAUUUUCAGGGUCGGCUUUUGGGACAAGGAAACAGAGAAGCUGUACAUUUAAUGGGCCAGUUAAUCUACAUGCUGGAACAAAUAAAAUUGCUCUUCUCAGUGCGACUGUUGGAUUGCCGAACGUUGGCCGGCAUUAUGAAACAUGGGAGACAGGGAUCACUGGUCCGGUUUUGCUCCAUGGUCUUGACCAUGGACCGAAAGAUUUGACGCAUAAUAAAUGGUCUUAUCAGGUUGGCCUAAAAGGAGAGGCUUUGAAUUUGGUGUCAUUCGAUGGGGUCUCAUCUGUUGAUUGGGUGCAAGAUUCAUUAGCUACACGAAGCCGGUCACAACUAAAAUGGCACAAGGCUUAUUUUAAUGCACCUGAGGGAAAUGAACCAUUGGCUUUGGACAUGGAAGGUAUGGGUAAGGGCCAAGUAUGGAUCAAUGGGCAGAGCAUAGGAAGAUAUUGGCUGGCUUAUGCAAAGGGCGACUGUAAUUCUUGCAGCUAUUCUGGGACAUUCAAGCCUGUAAAGUGCCAACUUGGUUGUGGACAACCCACUCAACGAUGGUAUCAUGUUCCAAGGUCCUGGCUAAAGCCAACAAAUAACCUGAUAAUAGUGUUUGAAGAAUUAGGUGGGAAUCCUUGGAAAAUAUCUUUGGUAAAGAGAACAGUACAUACUGCAGGAGUUCGUGAUUAGCGAGGUUAGCCUUGAAGCAAUAAGUUAUAUAGCUUGCAAUAAAUCAGAUUCAGUUUGUAUGCGACUUGGUUCUACCGGUCGGGGAUUAGGUGUGUAUCCCUAAUUAUGUUGUUUCUCCCUCUUGAUCUUGCACCAAACCACCGUGCAACCGUGAUUUAUACAAAAGAUGCAGCCUAGUUUAUUGUUUGUAAUUUAUUAUUUUGUAUAUGUAAUUUUGUUGUAUCUAGUUGGAAGUUAUUAAAUGUAUGAUGAAAAAUAUUGCAAAUAAUUAAAGAUAACUAGCAA